AUGGCGUCCGAGCAGGGAGUCGUGAUCGCGUGCCACAGCAAGGCUGAGUUCGACGCCCACAUGACCAAGGCCCAGGAAGCCGGCAAGCUGGUGGUCAUCGACUUCACUGCCGCCUGGUGCGGUCCAUGCCGCGCCAUCGCCCCACUGUUCGUCGAACACGCCAAGAAGUUCACUCAGGUCGUCUUCCUGAAGGUGGACGUGGACGAAGUGAAGGAAGUCACCGCGGCCUACGAGGUCGAGGCGAUGCCGACCUUCCACUUCGUCAAGAACGGCAAGACGGUCGCGACCAUCGUGGGUGCCAGGAAGGACGAGCUCCUGGCCCAGAUCGAGAAGCAUGCCGCGCCUGCGCCUGCGUCUGCGUCUGCCUAAAGGAGAUCAGUCGUCGCCGUCAAUAAGGGCCAGCACGUAUGGCUGUAAAUGUUGUCGUUAUCAGUUCUGGCUUUGUCGUUUGUGGGCGAUUGUGAACUAGUAGUAUGUUUGUUUCUAUCCGAGCCGGAGGCGAUACUUAACCAUGGAUACUUGUUGUGAGUUC